GCCGACUUAUAUACAUUCAGUUUCGUGCGACGAGUCACAAGGGACGGCAAACGAUUGUUAAUUAGCGUCCGAAAAGAGCGACGAUUUCACAGUGUACCGUGAGCGGGACCGUUCAGCGAAUCGCCAUCGAAAUCGAUAAUAACACAGCGCACGAUGUUGUCGAGGGGGCGGGAGGACAACAUCAAAGGGUGACGAAGAAGAUUCAAAUUCGCAAUCAACGUGCAACGAAUUGCGGGCGGUUGAUGCGCAGGGAAUCGCCUGUGCAUAGCGUGUUCGCGCGCGUGUAGCACGCGGAGGACCGCGUUAUUCGUGUUGGGACUUGCGAGCCCUCGUUUCGCAUAGAAACUAGCUGGUUCGGAUAGCGUUACCCGUUCUACGUCCCUAAUUCGAUGUCAGUGAAGUUUAAUUCGCACUUUAAGUUCUUCGUGACGUGAAUUUCAGCGGACCAGAGAAUUCGAACCAUCUGCGCCUCGGAUGAACGAUAUUUCGAGUAAUUAAGACUGUCUUCGAGAACCAGUAUCAGUCUCCAAUUACGCAUUCGUCUCGAUUCCGGUAGAUGUAUUCGGUCCAGAUCCGGUAGAUGAUAUGAAAACUCACGAUUUACAUCGCCAACACAACUCGCACUUAACCACCGUUUCGAAAACGAUGUCACAAUGUCGAUCGCAUUUUUCUCCGCAACGGCGAAACGCGGUCACCAGAGCUACCAGUACCAUAAUCCCGAAAAACGACUACCGCUGCGAGCCAGUAGAAACUAGUAGAAACGCCAGACCUAUAUUCAGAAAAGUAGUCGAAUUGUCUCGGUGGUCGCAAAGCUACGGGAAAGAAAACGACAGCGAUGAGUUGGCUGCAAGAGGGUUGCUGGGCGGAGUGGCUGCAAGAGGGCCAAUAAGGAAAAUGCCUGGUCGAAUGGCGGAGCAUCGUGCUCCUCUACACGGGCCAUAUAAGUGUCCGUCCCGGGAGAAGCCGGUCGCGGUACAUCAGAUAAGAAAACCUGGUCUCGGAAUAGAACCCUAUUAUGUUUGCUAUAAGUGGCCGUGGCCAAGGCUACGAGGAGAUGCGAGAGCGGCUCCUGCAGGCGGACCAACAGGGAGAUAAGAAAAAUGCCUGGGCUGGCCCUCGUCGUAACCGCAGAAGUUGUAAUUAUACAGUGAUAUUACUACCGAAAAGAAUGAGGGACGGCGGAAGCUGGUAUACGUGGAAGUGGUGUUCCCGGAGACCGCCGGCAUUUUACCCUGAAUCUGGAUGAAGAUACGUCGUCGCCAGAUAACAACCGCCACGAGAACGAGUAUUUAUUGUUGGCCUCAGAAGCCGGUUAAAGGAUGGAACGAAAGAAUUCCCUGAUGAACGGUGGAAUGAAAUCGUAAUUGGAUGAAACUCCUUUUGUAGCGGCCACUUCCACCCUCCACUCCCCUCUAUCUGGCCAUCAUCGCCCCGUCUCUGUCUGCCUCUUUGGAUUCUGGCAAGUAAAUUGCAUUAAUUAAAGCAUAUGCGAAACACGCCGGUGUCCUAAUGAACUGAAUCCGGGUAAUUAAUCGUAACGAUACAUUGUUAUUCGUGACAGACACAGAAGCCGCUGUGUAAUUCUUACGCGUCCGCGAUCGAAAUCGGAUUGCAACGGGGCGCAACGGCCGCGCCAGAUUUAAUUAACGACAUUAACGAGAGAAAGCGUUGACGUAAGCGUUCUUUCAGGGCUGUGGCCAGAAAUCGCAG